GCUGCUAAACGUUGAUCAGUUCUACUUUAACGCUCGACGAUGAAACUUUGGCUAGGGAUUUCUUUGGCUCUUUUGGCCCUGGGCCAAGCCCAUGGUAGCAUAUUUGAGAGGACUUUCAAAAGGAUCCACGAGGAGCCACCACUGCCAACCAUUCAGAAUCGAGCUGAUGUAGUUCAAACCCUUUGGAUUGAACAGAAACUGGAUCACUUCGACCCGGCAGAAACCCGUACAUGGCAAAUGCGCUAUAUGCUCAACGAUGCACUGUACAAGUCUGGAGCACCACUUUUUAUUUAUCUUGGCGGAGAAUGGGAGAUCUCAUCGGGCAGGAUAACCGGUGGUCACCUAUACGACAUGGCCAAGGAGCACAAUGCUCUUUUGGCCUACACAGAGCAUCGCUACUAUGGCCAAAGCAAGCCCUUGCCUGAUCUAUCGAAUGAAAAUAUCAAAUACUUGAGUGUGAAUCAGUCCCUGGCCGAUCUGGCUCAUUUCAUUAACACCAUCAAGCAAAACCAUGAAGGUCUGUCCGAGUCCAAGGUCAUUAUUGUUGGAGGUUCCUACUCCGCCACAAUGGUCACCUGGUUCAAGAAGCUCUAUCCCGAUCUGGUGGCUGGAGGUUGGGCUUCCAGUGCUCCGCUCCUUGCCAAGGUCAACUUUGUGGAGUACAAGGAGGUCACUGGCCAAUCCAUCGAACAAAUGGGUGGAUCUGCCUGCUACAAGCGAAUUGAAAACGGCAUUGCCGAGAUGGAGACCAUGAUAGCCACAAAACGAGGUGCAGAGGUCAAGGCCCUGCUCAAGUUGUGCGAACCCUUUGAUGUCUACAGCGAUCUUGAUGUUUGGACUUUGUUCAGCGAGAUUUCCGAUAUUUUUGCGGGCGUGGUGCAGACUCACAAUGCUGGCCAAAUUGAGGGUGUUUGCGAGAAGAUAAUGGACGGUUCGAAUGAUCUUAUUGGCGUUGCUGGAUAUUUGUUGGAUGUAUUCGAGGAGAGCGGUGGCAAGUGCCACGACCUUAGUUAUGAUGCAAUUACUGCAUUGCUCCUGGACACUAAUUACAAUGGCAACAUUAUGCGACAGUGGAUUUUCCAGACCUGCAAUGAGUAUGGUUGGUAUCAGACAUCUGGUUCUAGAGCCCAGCCAUUUGGCACCAAAUUCCCUGUUACCUAUUAUACCACCAUGUGUGCCGAUUUAUAUGGCUCAGACUACAGCAACGAGUUCAUUAGCAACCAAGUGACCAUCACCAAUCAGUUCUUUGGUGGAUUGUCUCCUAAUGUGGAAAACGUCUACCUCACCCAUGGGCAAUUGGAUCCCUGGAGGCCGAUGGGAAUUCAGGACGAAACUCAGGCCACUAUUAUUCCAGAGCAUGCCCACUGCAAGGACUUCAAUUCGAUCAGCUCGAGUGACACUGCUGAAAUGAGAGCUUCCAAAGAACGUAUAGCCGAACUGGUCCGCGAAUGGGUUAAAUAAUCGUAGAUAAGGUUGCACCGAAUGGAAAACCAAAAAUAAAAUUCUGCGGAUUUUACUUAUAAACAAACCGAUAAA